CCCCGCCCCGCUGCACCCGGGGCCGCCAUCGCUAUCGCGGCAUCCGCCCUCGGCUCCAGAGCCCAAACCAACUCCCUUCCUCUCUGGGGAAGAGGCCGCCGCUCGAGAGGAAGGACCAAGGAGGGCAAAUUAGAGAGGGCUGAUGAACAGAGCGUUCUGAGGGGGCUGAGACACCGCGGCAGACCCCGCCCCGGAGCGGCGAGCACUGCCGCCUCGGUAGCUGUCAUGGCCGCCGGGCCACGUGACCCCGGCUCGGCCCGGGUCCGGCUUCUAGACGCUCUAGUUCAGUAGUCUCGUUCCUCCGACUCCCUCCUUUUCUUGUUGCAGGCUCCGAUACUGCCUUUCCUCCCUCAGGAGGACCGCGCUACAGACUCUGAGGAAGCCGGUCUGAUCUAAACAUAGACCACCAUAGACAAUCAGUUAAAACAAGAUUGAUUAACGGCAAGGAAGCAUUUUAUGUAAAACAGCUGGAGAAAAUGACCCAUUGGUUUCAUAGAAACCCAUUAAAAGCCACAGCUCCUGUCUCUUUUAAUUACUAUGGUGUGGCCGCUGGUCCUCCUGCUUCAAAAAUUUGCAAUGAUUUGAGAUCAUCCAGGACACGCCUCCUUGAACUGUUCACUGAUUUGAGCUGUAAUCCAGAAAUGAUGAAGAAUGCAGCAGAUUCAUAUUUUUCUCUUUUACAAGGUUUCAUAAAUUCACUGGAUGAAUCUACCCAAGAAAGCAAGUUACGAUAUAUUCAAAAUUUCAAGUGGACAGAUACAUUACAAGGACAGGUUCCAAGUGCCCAACAGGAUGCUGUUUUUGAAUUAAUUUCCAUGGCAUUUAAUGUAGCUUUAUGGUAUACCAAAUACGCUUCAAGACUGGCUGGAAAAGAAAACAUAACAGAAGAUGAAGCAAAAGAAGUACAUCGAAGCCUAAAAAUUGCAGCCGGGAUUUUUAAACAUUUAAAGGAAAGUCACCUCCCAAAGCUGAUCACGCCCGCAGAAAAGGGAAGGGAUUUAGAGGCGCGGCUCAUGGAGGCUUAUAUCAUCCAGUGUCAGGCGGAAGCUCAAGAAGUAACAAUUGCUCGAGCAAUUGAACUGAAACAUGCUCCUGGACUAAUCGCAGCACUGGCUUAUGAAACCGCCAAUUUCUAUCAAAAAGCCGAUCAUACUUUAUCCAGUUUGGAGCCUGCAUAUUCUGCUAAAUGGAGAAAAUAUCUUCACUUGAAAAUGUGUUUCUACACAGCUUAUGCCUACUGUUACCAUGGUCAGACUUUAUUGGCUGGAGACAAAUGCGGGGAAGCAAUCAGGUCUCUCCAAGAAGCAGAAAAAUUUUAUGCAAAGGCAGAAACACUAUGUAAAGAAUAUGGAGAAACCAAAGGGCCUGGACCGACAGUCAAACCUUCGGGACAUUUGUUCUUUAGGAAACUUGGAAACCUUGUGAAGAACACCCUAGAAAAAUGUCAGAGAGAAAAUGGAUUUAUUUACUUUCAAAAAGUUCCAUCGGAAGCCCCACAACUGGAACUCAAAGCGAAUUACGGUCUUGUAGAGCCUGUACCUUUUGAAUUUCCUCCUGUAAGUGCUCAUUGGACACCAGAAACGUUGGCUACGUUUGAUCUCACCAAGAGACCCAAGGAUGACAGUACCAAACCCAAACCGGAGGAAGAAGUGAAACCUGUGAAAGAGCCAGAUAUCAAACCUCAGAAAGACACUGGUUGCAGCAUCUCCUAAAAUACACCUGGAAUACAACGUGCACUUAGAAGUUCUCUGCUAGUAAAUAAGAUAAACCAUGGCACUGGAGUUCAUAUGUCUUGAAAUGAUUUCUCUGAAGUCUAUAGAAUCGUUAUUACAUUCAGAGGGAAUCUGCCUUCAGUUUAUUUGUUCUUGAUUAUUAAUAUAGUGGAGAUACUAUA